AAAAUAUAAUAAGCCUGAAUGCAUAGUGUGUUGUGGGAGAGAGCAGGAUGUGGGACUGUUUCUGUGAAGAAAGCAUGUAUACAAGUUAGUCAAAUUAUUGUGUUAUUUACAUCCUAAAAAUGAAAACUUCAUUUUCGGAUUUUUCAGAUUGGCAUCCUACUAAUUUGACCCUUAGUGAUGAGACUUGUCAGAGAUCCAAGAAUCUGAAAGUUGAUGAUAAAUGUCCAUCUGUAUCACCAUCAAUGCCUGAAAAUCAGUCAGUAACCAAAGAACUGGGACAGAUGAACUUAACAGAAUGAGAAAAGAUGGACACUGGAGUUGUACUUCUCUCAGGGAAUGAUACUCUCCAUGACCUGUGCCAAUCACAGCUACCAGAAAACAAAGAGAGCAAAGAAGAACAAGACUCGGAGCUGACAUCAGAGGAAGAGCAAGAAAGACUUAAAGGGUGCGAAAAUAAGCAGCCACAGAAAACGUCUCAAGAACCAGAAAUGGCUAAGGAUUGUGAUAGAGAGGAUAUACCUAUAUAUCCAGUACUUCCUCAUGUGCAAAAAUCUGAGGAAAUGUGGAUUGAACAAGGCAAAUUAGAGUGGAAAAACCAAUUAAAACUCAUCAUAAAUGAGUUAAAGCAGAGGUUUGGUGAAAUUUAUGAAAAAUACAAAAUUCCGGCUUGUCCUGAGGAAGAGCCACUACUUGAUAACUCUACAAGAGGAACAGAUGUAAAGGAUAUUCCCUUUAAUUUGACAAAUAACAUACCUGGUUGUGAGGAAGAAGAUGCAUCUGAAAUAUCUGUCUCAGUGGUAUUUGAGACAUUUCCUGAACAAAAAGAACCCAGUCUCAAAAAUAUCAUCCAUCCAUACUAUCAUCCAUACUCUGGGUCCCAAGAACAUGUUUGCCAGUCAUCUUCUAAGCUUCAUUUACAUGAAAAUAAAUUAGACUGUGACAAUGAUAACAAACCAGGCAUUGGACAUAUUUUUAGUACAGAUAAGAACUUUCAUAAUGAUGCAAGCACUAAGAAAGCAAGGAACCCAGAAGUGGUUACGGUUGAAAUGAAAGAAGACCAAGAGUUUGAUUUGCAAAUGACAAAAAAUAUGAACCAAAAUAGUGACAGUGGCAGUACAAAUAACUAUAAAAGCCUGAAACCUAAAUUAGAAAAUCUGAGUUCUUUACCACCAGAUUCUGACAGAACAUCAGAAGUAUAUCUACAUGAAGAAUUACAGCAAGACAUGCAAAAGUUUAAGAAUGAGGUCAACACAUUGGAAGAAGAGUUCCUGGCUUUGAAGAAAGAAAAUGUUCAACUUCAUAAAGAGGUUGAAGAAGAAAUGGAGAAGCACAGAAGUAAUAGCACAGAAUUAUCAGGAACCCUAACUGAUGGUACUACUGUUGGCAAUGAUGAUGAUGGACUAAAUCAGCAGAUUCCUAGGAAGGAAAAUGGAGAGCAUGACAGUGUCUCCAGGAGCCCAGCAGGAUAUACCGCGGUUUCCAAUCUGCGAAAGGAGGACCGCCAAGCCAGAAAUGCCAAGCCAAGCGAUCACUGCCACGCCAAGCCAAACGACCACCGCCAAGCCAAGCAGCCACCGCAAAGCCUCGCGGGUAAGGCCAAGCCAAUCCGUUACAGACCAGUGCACCUGCCCACCUGUGACGUCACGGAACCUGUGACUUCACUGCAACUGCCACUCCAGCCUCCCAGAAAAAGACUCCUUGGCCUGCAGGUGGCGCUGCAGCUCCAGCCUCCCAGAAAAAGACUCCUUGGCCUGCAGGUGGCGCUGCGGCUCCAGCCUCCCAGAAAAAGACUCCUUGGCCUGCAGGUGGCGCUGCAGCUCCAGCGCCAACCUGGGCUGGCUGGUCCUCCCUCGGAGGUUUCGGGGUGGCGGCACCCAGCCUGCCUGUCAUGAGUGCCGCUUCACAGCGCCGCCGGCGCACCUGCUCCUAGGCUUGCUCGGUUCAGGGGUACGGGCCAGUUCCGCCCCCGGCUUGGCCACUGCAGCGAAGUUGCCCUAGGGUCCGCGCUGCCAGGACGCAAGCGGAGUCUGAUGGCUGGGUCAGAGCGGCCUGUCAGCCUGGCUGGAAGGGCCUGCCCAACGCCGCUGCCCGCCCAGCUCCUACUCGGCCUGCGCCCGGAGCCAGGGACCAGCUCUGGGCAUUCUGCUGCCUUAGGAUGGGGCCGAGCAGCCGCUCCCCGCCCUGUGCCGCAGCCGCUGCGUGCAUCUGCCCAGGGUCCGUGCAGCUGGCGACCCGGGCGGGUCGGGGAAUGCCUGGUGCCACCGGGAUUGCUCGCCUCUAGUUCCACUUUUAGUUUUGUCUGAGAAAAUAUAUAUUAUACACAUUUGGUUUUUCUAAAUUUUGUAUAAAGUUAUGGGGCACAAUUGUAAUUUUGUUACACGGAUAUUUUGCUGCAUGGGGUGAAGCCUGGGCUUUUUGAAUAUCCAUCACUGGAAUAACAUGCAUUGUACCCAUUAGUAAUUUUGCAUCUUGCACCCCCAACCCUUCCAAGUCUCCAUGUUUUCACACUCUACGUCCAUGUGUACACAUUAUUUAGCUCCCACUUAUGAGAAUGUGGGGUGUUUGUCUUUCUGUGUCUGAGUUGUUUCAUUUAAGGUAACGGCCUCCAGUUCCAUCCAAGU